UGUAACAACUCCUCAACAGUAUUUUGUAUUAUGACUUCUCAAGAGACGAUAGAACAUCCUUUUGUGGAUAUAUUUAAUGAAGAUGAAGCUGAAAAAAACUUUAUGUUAUCUAAACCUGUUUGCUUUGUUGUAUUUGGGAAACCAGGUGUUGGGAAGACAACAUUAGCCCGUCAAAUAGCACAAGAAUGGAAAUGUAUUCGUGUAGAAGCUCUAACAACUUUGGAAGAACAUAUUGCCAAUGAAACCGAAACAGGAGUUAUGUUGCAAUCGAUGCUGGUCAGUGGUCAAAGCAUUCCAGAUGAACUUGUCAUAAAGCUAAUGUUGGAGAAGCUCAACUCCCUAGAAAUCGCUCACUUUGGUUAUAUUAUCACUGAAAUACCAACACUUGCACAGGAUGCCAUGACUACUUUGCAGCAAAUAACCUUAAUUAAAAAUCUAGAUUUGAAACCUGAUAUUAUAAUCAAUAUUAAGUGCCCUGACUAUGAUUUAUGCCAAAAAGUUUCUGGGCAAAGGCAGCACAGUACUACAGGGUACAUAUACACAAGAGAGCAGUGGGAUCCGGAAGUCAUUGAGAAUCGAAGGAAAAAAAGGAGAGAAGCCCAUAAAGAAGGACGAGUAGAAGAGGAAGGGGAAGAGGAAGAAGAGCAAGAAGAAGAAGAGGCAUUUAUUGCCGAAAUGCAGGUGGUGGCUGAAAUUCUUCAACAUUUAGUUCAGAGGCCAGAGGAUUAUUUGGAAAAUAUCGAGUACAUCGUUAAACUUUAUAAGGAUAUGAUUCUUCAUGCUUUAGAAGAAAUAAUGGCUGAACACAAUCCCCAGUAUUUCAUUGAGCUAGAUGGAAAUAAGCCCCCAGAGGACCUCUUUAACACGGUUAUAGAGCGACUUAAGUAUCUGAACCUAAGAAGAGCAGCUGUUUUAACUAAACUUCAGAGUGCAGAGGAAGAAAUGAAUGAUGCAAUGGACAAUGAUGAGCUGUUUCGUACUCUUGCAUCUUAUAAACUUAUUGCACCAAGAUAUAGAUGGCAAAGAAGCAGAUGGGGACGCUCGUGUCCUGUGACUUUAAAAGAAGGUAACAUUUAUCCAGGAAUGGCUGACCUUUCCGUAAGUUUUCUAGGUAAAAUGUACUGUCUGUCAUCAGAAGAAACAUUAAAAGCAUUUUUAUUGAACCCACGUCCCUAUCUUCUUCCACCAAUGCCCGCACCACCAUUCAAAGUAUUCGUAUUUGGACCUCCAUCUUCAGGGAAAACAACACUUUGCAAUUUGCUUGCAGAACAUUACAAAGGAAAGGUAGUUGACUACGCCAAACUUGUUCAGCCACGUUUUGAUAAAGCCCUUGAUACGUUAAUAAAAAAUACUGUAGCUGAGGCCACUGAAGACGCUAUUAAGACUGUGAGAGAACGGCUUCUUUCAGAAGCAGAAACUAAAAAACAAGCUUUAAAAGACCAGGAAAGAGAACUUAAAAUGAAGGAGUAUGAUAAAACCUUCGAAGAGGCACACCUUUCACUUGAUGACGAUGGGCUCAUUCAGGAAUCACAAAUAGAGAGCUCUUUAGAGGACAAUGAAGAAGCCAAAAUGAAGUCAGAUAGUGAUCCAACUGUUAAAAGUGAUCAAGAUGAUGAAAAAGAACCUAGUGAACCACCUAUAAUUAAAAGAAGUUUACAAGGCAGUCAAGAUCUAAUGUUGGAUUCUAAAAGAGACUCAAUAGAAGAGGUAACUGCAGAUCAUCCAGAUGUUCUUUCUAUAAUAAAUGACUUGUUGAAAAUGACAAAGGAUAUGAACUUUGAACAUCCAUAUGAAAAAUAUGCUGAAAUCUUAGAGGAAGUCCUGGAAGAGGUAGUUGAAGAAAACAAGAACAGGUUUUCUGGUGCCCCAAAAUAUGGAGGAUGGGUAGUGGACAACUGCCCUCUUAUAAAAGAACUGUGGACAACCUUAGUGGAUAAAGGAAUUACACCAGAUUUAGUAAUCUAUUUGUCAGAUACAGAAGACAACGGAAAAUGUUUACUUAAUAGACUGUAUUUAGAAAAUAAAACUGAAAUUGACUCUAAGAUAUUCGAGAGAUUACUAGAUGAACUACAAAAGAAAAAAACAGAGGAAGAAGCAGCAAGAAAAGUCAAAGAAGAGGCAUUGAGAAUGGAAGAAGAACAUCAAAGGCUAUUGGCAUCUCUGAAUGCGAAAACAAAAGAGGUGGACGAGGCUGACCUUGAUGUUUAUGGCGAGAUUGAAGGUGAGGAGAGUGAAAUUCCUGAAGUGUCUGAGGCCCUUGAGGAGACCGGGGGGCUCUUAUCUGAGGAGCCUGAAGCUUCCGAGCUUCCUGAACCAGAACCUGAAUCAGAGUCUACUGAGGAAACUACAGUUGGAACAGAAAUUCCAAAAGAAUCCAAAGAGGGUCUGGAAACUACAUUAUCUCAAACAGUUGUACUACCUGAGUUUCCUGAAGAUGCUUAUCCUGAUGUUCCUGAAAUGGAUCUAUUUAAAGACAAGAUUAAAUUUUUCGACUCUGACUGGAAAAAUCUGGAAGUAGUCAUCAGUGACUCUUACUUUCCAAUUUUCAAGUUGGAGAUUGCUGGCCAAACUCCAGAGGAGAUGCUUCAGAAAGCAGUGGAGACUAUGGAAAAACCUUUUCAGUAUGCUGCAUGGGAGUUCAAUAUAGAAGAUUAUGAGGAAGAAACAGAAGACUUCCAGGCUGAAGCGGAGAUGGAUGAGGAGCUAGAAGAAGAAGAGGAGGAAGAGGAAGAGAAUGAAGAGAGAAUAAAAGAGAAGAAAAGACAUUUGGGAGACACAAAGCACUUUUGUCCAGUAGUUCUCAAAGAAAACUUCGUCCUACAACCAGGCACCACAGAAGAAGCAGCUAAAUAUCGAGAAAAGGUCUAUUACUUUUCAAGUCCUGAGGCUAGAGAAAAAUUUGUGGAACAUCCUCAGGAGUUUGUGGCUCACAAUGAACCAUUAAAGGCUCCUCCAUUAAGACUAUGCCUUCUGGGUCCCCAUGGCUCUGGCAAAACUGUCUGUGGAAGACAGUUAGCAGAAAAGUUGGGCAUCUUUCACAUUCAGUUUGAAGAAUUUCUACAAGAAAAAAUGAUGCUCAGAACUGAAAAGAAAGUUGGACCUGAAUUUGAAGAAGAUGCUGAAGAAGAACAACUUGCAAAACAAGAACUUGAAGAGCUUGCAAUUGAGGCCAAUGUCACACUUGAGAAAGAAUAUGCAAAUAAGCCGCCUUCAGAAGUGCAAUUUACAGAAGAAGAAGAAGCAAUCAGACUAUGUUUAAUGGAAAAUGAACCAUUGCCUCCCGAAAUUCUAGACAACAUUCUUUCUGAGUGGUGGCAUAAAGAACCAAUACGUUCCACAGGUUUUAUAUUAGAUGGUUUCCCACGAUAUCCUGAUGAGGCCCAGUUUCUAGGGGAACGUGGAUAUUUCCCAGAUGCUGCUGUUUUAAUACAAAUUGAUGAUCAAGAUGUUUCUGAUCGGCUCCUGCCUUCCCAAAUUGAAAAGUGGAAACUGAAACAAAGGAAGAAAUUAGAAAGGAAAAUACUCAUGAAAGAAAUGAAGGCAAAAAUCAGGGAUGAUAUGAUUGCUAAAAGAAGGGCUGAACUUAUAGCAGAGAGAGAGAAAAGAAGGAAAGAGGAGCUUGCUAGAGAAGAUGAAGAAAUGAGUGAAGAAGAGACAGAAGAUGAUGAUGAUAUUGACAAUAUCCUUGAAGAAGAAUUUCCAAAAGAGGAAGAAGUGAUGAGUGAGGAAGAAGAAGAACAGGAAGCUGAUGCUAUUGAACGCCUGAGAGGUGACCUGUUAGACAAAUUUGAAACAGAUAUACGUAAUUUACAAGGAAUACAGGAUGAAUUUGAAAAGUUUUUGAUACCACAAAUUCUCAUUAAUGGAACUCGGAAAAUCCACAUUGUACAAUAUUUAUUGAAUAAAAGACUGAAACCACUGGUGGAGAAUCGGGAAAGCAUUUUUGAGAAGUGUUAUCCAAUAUCACCACGCCUUGCCCAGAAACUGCUCAGCUUUACCUAUAAAUAUAUUAGCACAUUCGGUUACUGGGACCCUGUAAAGCUAAGUGAAGGAGAGACAAUCAAGUCAAUUGAAAAUCCAGAUAAUCCAUUUUAUCCUGUAAUCCAUCGUCAGUAUAUUUACUUUUUAUCUAAUAAGGAAACUAAAGAAAAAUUUAUGAAGAAUCCAAUCAAAUAUAUUCGCCAACCCAAACCUAAGCCUAAUAUGCCCAUUAAGAUUGCAAUUGUGGGGCCUCCAAAAUCUGGGAAAACUACAGUUGCCAAAAAAAUUUCAAGUGAAUAUGGCUUGAAGCGUUUGUCAGUAGGAGACGCUUUGCGUUUCGUGUUAAGCAGCCAACCAGACACAGAGCUGGCACUUAUGUUAAACUGGCAUCUUCAUAAAGGAUUGACAGUACCUGAUAAACUGGCUAUUCAAGCCUUAGAAGUAUCUCUGAUGCACAGUGCAUGUAAUACCGCAGGUGUUGUCAUCGAUGGAUAUCCUGUAACCAAGUAUCAAGUGAGUCUUUUGGAGGCCGGGUCAAUCAUCCCCCUGAUCAUCUUUGAGUUGGAUGUACCUUCCAAGGAGAUUUUCAAAAGAUUGCUCCUGGAAAAAAAAAAGGAACAAAGUUUGCCUUAUCCAUUACACAAUAGCUCACAGAUUAUAGCUGUCAAGAAAUCCAAGUACCACAAAAAUAUUACUGAGAUUAGGCAAUAUUACCAAGAACAACAUCAGAACUGGUAUGUGAUUGAUGGAUUUCACAGCAAAUGGUGGGUAUGGAAUGAAGUCAUUACAAAUGUUAAAAUGGUGAAUAGAUACAUGCAGAUAUACCUGGAAAGAAUAAAAGAAGGGAAAGCUGCCUGUAUUGACAAGUUAUGCAUCACACCUCAAGAACUGAUUUCCCGCCUGGGCGAGUUUGGACAGUUCUGCCCUGUCAGCCUGGCAGAAUCAUAUGAACUAGUUGAUUGCUCUGAAAUGGAGACCUUGGAACUUGCAGCAGAAUUCAGAGGGCAUUAUUAUAAAAUGGGUUCUCGGGAAAAACUGGAUAAAUUUUUGGAGAACCCAGAAUUAUAUGUGCCUCCAUUAGCACCUCAUCCACUCCCAUCUGCCGACAUGAUCCCCAAGAGGCUGACACUGUCAGAGCUGAAGAAGCGGUUCCCUAAGUGUGCUGAGCUCCACGGCUACUGUCCUGUGACCUAUCAGGAUGGAAACCAAAGAUAUGAAGCCCUAGUACCUGGGAACAUUAAGUAUGCCUUAGAAUAUCGUGAUCGUAUAUACAUUUGUGAGAGUAGUGAAAAACUUGAGAAGUUUUUGAGAAUGCCACUGAAAUACUGGAAUCAGAAGCUUCCAUACAAACUUCCCCCGUUAAAGGAACCAGUACAUCUCACUAGUCUUCCUUUGCCUGGAUAUCUGGAACAGGGUAUCGCAACUUCUCUAAUUAAAGCAAUGAAUGCUGUAGGAUGUUUAAAGCCCAAAUUUCCUUUCUUAAGUAUAAAGAAAUCUGCGCUACUCUAUAUAGCAUUUCAUCUAAAAGCCUUUAAUCCCAAAGGUUCUGAAUAUACAAGAAAAAAAUAUAAGAAGAAGAUGGAGCAGUUUAUAGAGAGAUGUGAACUCAUUACAUACCUGAGUGCCCAGAUGACCAGAAAAUACAAGGAACCUCAGUUUAGAGCCAUUGACUUUGAUCAUAAAUUACAGACCUUUCUCUCUCUCAGAAAUAUAGACCCAGUUAAAGAAUAGUUUGGUUGGUGACUGCAACCACAAUCUCAAGAGUUAUCUGAAAGGCAUAGAGGGAAAUCAAUUGAAAAUCUGGCCUUCUCGGACGGAUGAACUCCCUCCUGAGUGAGGUACCAUGGCUGCCAGACCUCCAAUAGACUCAAAGCUCUGCCACCCAGGAAGGGGUGCUCUUCUGUAAGCAUAAGUUUUAACAUCAUUUUAAAGUUUAUUGCUCUUGGUCUGAAAUUUGAUGCUUUAACAAAAUGGAUAUUCCAUUUAGAAUUCCAUUUAGAAUAUUUUGGUAAUUCAUUUUACUUAAUAAAUCUGUUGUUCACUUUCCUUUUAACACCUGCAGUUGAAAAGUCAGUCUCUAUUCAAGAAUAUUCAGUAAAUGUUAGAAAGCUUCAAGAAACAAAAUUAACAUUGAUAUCAAUAAGAUAGGAAUAUUGGUUACACUUUUGAAAUAAGUUGUUUGUAAAUUUUAUGAACCUAAGAUGCCUUAUCAUUUUCCCAACAAAAAUAAAUGGAU